AUGAGCUGGAAACCUCCAUCUGGACGGCCACCAAUGGCAUCCUCGUCAGGCAAGAAGGCAACUACCUCUAGCCAUGUACGCCGUCCAUCCUGGAACGCUGGCUCGGCAUCAUCAGCGUUUGCAAGCGCUCACUCAGCGAGUACCGACGCGUCUACAUUGCGCACAACACGGGUACGAUCGUCCAGCUUGGAAAGACGUCGGAGUAUGCCCAGCUCUGUUGCCAGUAGCAGCAGCAGUGUGUCUGACCUGAAUAGAAGAUCGAAUACUGAGCAAGCGUUGCCCCGUGGUCGUGAUGCCACUGUAAAGAAUACAGUGUCGUCGUCGAGGAGGUCUUCUUCAAAUGUGCGAAGUGGUGAAAGACAUGGCGUACCAGCUGCCAUUCGCUCAACAUCUGACAUAACCCUUGCUCUGUCGCAAGGCCAAGCACCACACGGUAGAGUGACUUCAAGCACUAACGUUAGUAGCAAUAGACAAGCUACUCAGCAUCAUGCAGCUGCAGUCAAGGCCAAGCAUGCCACGUAUCGACAAACACCCUCAUUCGCGGCAGCCCAUAGCAAGACUGCUCAAGCCAAGCCAUUGCGCCACGGCAGUACAGCUGUUUCUGCAGCCAGGGAUGAUGACGUGAGGUUUCCGGCGUACCCCGCUAGUGGUUCAAAGGAGGAGAGGGGUAAAGAGACAGCAGUACGUGCUAAUCCGCACACAGCCAAAUCUUGGGAUGGCACUAUGGAAGGGCAGGACACUGACCGUGGUGGUUGGCUAUUUCAGCAAGACACUUCACCAGCAGAGCAAUAUAGCACUGUUGACGAUGAACAUGACUAUAAUAGCCCAGCCUCCAGUCAAGCAGCUUCACAGCCAUUACCCAGUGGAUCUCGCUCCUCACAGCGCAAUGCACACACCAUGCCGUUCACUGCAGAUGAUGGCUGUUUUGAUUCGCUUGCCGGGCAUCGAAGUACGCAUGCACGUUCAAUCCUCACACAGACCAUUCCCGUCAACGACACAAGUGAGCUGGAUUCCAGUCACCGUCAGCCCACUCUAAGCAAGAGCAAGCAGCUGCCAGGUGACCACCACCACACUAACGUAACUCAUCACACAACUGGCAAGUCACACCAGCACGAUGGCCAGCGCUUUGACAGUGCACACUCUACCGUACACCAACACACCAGAUCCAGCCACAAGUCGACGGCGUUGCCAUCAUCUUCUAGUGUGUCGUUCACUGGGCACGGUCGCAGUGCACAGAUUGCAGAGCUGGAGAAAGAGGUCAAGGAUCUACGCGAAGAGAACAGCAACCUUGCACAAGAGCUGGAGAAAUUCAGGUCAUUAUACCAAGCAAUGACAUCAGCGUCAUCUUCGUCUGCUAGUGAUCAUAAUGCUGAUACCAACCCGACUCAUGGCUAUCGCCGUAGCAACCUAUUGAAGGCGCAGAUUUUCCAACUAGAACGACAGGUAUUGCUGCUAUCAACGGCACUGUCAAAGCGUGCCAGUCUGGUGCAGGAAACUUUCAACACAAUUGAGCAAGUUAUGAACCUGCUCAGUCAUUAUCAAGCAGAAAGUGUUAAAAAGACUAGCGACUCAUCGUCAUCAUCAUCACCCAGAUCAGCUGCCGCGUCUAGUCAUAACGUGAGCACAGCGACGCGAAAUGGCAGUGAUGGUCACAAGCCAAGAGGUGUGUUCAUUCCACGGCGUGAGUUUGACGACAUGCUGCACAGCGUGUGCCAUACACAUGCCCGGAUUGCCAAAGGCUUUGAGAUGGGCACAACACCGGAACUAGAAAAUGCUCUGGUAUUCAUGAGUCCCUUCCUGAAAGGCUCAAAGUCUACCCAUAGACCUAACAGUGUGGCCAAGCACCGCAGUGCGCAUGUAGACAUCUGCAGAGAUGGCAAUGAUGGCAGCGAUAAGACCCAACGUUCCAAUUCCAAGGCCAGCAGCAACAGCAACUUUGUUCAGCCACGCAUUAUUGAUGUGUGUAGCGGGUCCUUACAGCACCUCAACCUCAGGCACGUGGGUCAUCUAGAAGGUGAGCUCUACCAGUUGUAUGGCCACUUGCAACAGUUACUCAUCUCGCUGCAGACAACUUACACGGUGCCUUGCAUACACUGUCAGGAAACACCACCAGCAACUCAACUGCAAUCUUCAUCAUCAGCAUCCUUACUGCUUCCACAGCCAACACCACAAGGCUGUCAGACUUUAGAACGGCUCGGCAGGGCCCGAUCUGCAAGAGCAAAGGGUGGAUCUGCACCGAGUCCACGGCUUCUUAAUGACGAAACUGCCCAGCCGCACAGCAAUUUUAAACUUGACACCACAUUGGAACCUACCCCUGAUUUGGUGUCCAGCGGUAACCAAGGCAGGAAGUGCAUGGUGGAUGGAGGGCACCGCCAUACUAUGGCACUGGCCUCUCCAUUUGUUCAUACACAUGCCGUGGAGCAUUUGAACACGGCAUGCUCUCGCUUGGACGUGGUAUGCAAGCAUCUCCUGGAGCUCUGCCUUCUGGUGCCUGCCGCACCUUUCGCGGCGCUAGAUCGGCAAGAGUUGCCAAUAGAGGACUGGUCAAACGAAGCUAUACUGGCGCAGUUACCACCCAACAUGCGCAACAGAAAAGAGCUAUGCAGUCAUCUUGAUGCACUUGUGAAAGCCGUCAAGUAUACGCUGGCAAUGAAAGACCAGGAAGUCAGUGGCACUCAUUCGGAACUGCAGUUCUAUCAGCGUUGUCAGGAGUUGAACAAUGACUAUGUGUACGCAUAUCUUGAUAAGAUAAGGGAUCUGCUUGUAGCAUAUGAAGACCAGCUAUCAGCUUCUCUUGGUGUUUCACUGACAGUCGUCUUGGAAGCAUACGAGACUCUGAAAACUGUGCCAUCCGAAGAAAGCCUUCGCACCUUUGUCAGCACUUUCAAGGAUAACGCUAAUGUGCUUUCCGAAGGUCUUGACACACUGCAAGCAGCAGGCUCAUCAGAUACCGCAGACUUAUCGGCGUUGAUGACGAACUUCACUGCUGCUGUCAGCACCAUGCAGAAAGAGCACACGGCACUCUGGUCGAAGCAUGCAGCAGAAACAGCUGCAAAUACCAACUAACAAUGCGUUCUUGCGCUAGCUAUACUUCAUGCGCUGAUUUGGAUAUACUCUUGAGACCCGCAUAUCACAUCUCUCUUUGAUUGUUUUUUUGUUUUUUUGUAUACUGUAUUUGAAUUCGCAAAUCCGAACGAGCACAAAUGCUCAAUUACAAGGCAGCGGAUA